GAAAUAAAUUAAGGCAAACGUAUAUUUAGAAAUAAUAAAUGAAGAAGAUACAAUAAAAAAUCCUACAGAAAUUAAGAGGCUGUGGAACUUGCGCAGCCUCUUAAAUUUGGCAUGAGUCCCUUCCAUUCUGUCGAGUCACUGAACAGACGCAUCUAAUGCUGCGCCCCACGUUCGGCCAAGACGGACUGCAUCUGGGAAAGGGCAAGGAUGGCUGGCGCGGUGAAGGAUGCGGAGGGACCGGCCGCCCUGUUCUCAGACAGCUUUCGGGUGACCCUGAAGACCACUAUAGCGAUAAAUGAUUUCGCCGUCGGGGUAAACUGCACCGUAAGCCAGUUGAAAAGGUGUGUCGCGAAGAGAUUGGGGACCACCGAAGAGCAACUCGUGCUCAUCCACUCCGGUAACAUUCUCCGUGGGUCAGACCUGAUAACUGAGCAUAAAGGAAACGACGGAACAGUCAACCUCAACAUGUUUAUCAGUCCAGAGCUUGUGUCUACACCAGCUUCCUGGAGUGUGGCUUCCAGAACAGACCACGAAGUAGAGAUUGAUCACCUUACCCUUGAUAACCUGACCCCUUCACCCACCUCUCCUCUCUGUCUUGUGGAAGAGCUGGGCAGCCUGGGUCCGUUUGUCAGCGCUCCGGGAUUCUUCCAGCCUCUCCCGAGACAGAUGGAGCGACAGCUGCUCUCCGACCCGGAGCUGAUGAGCAGUCUCCUGGGUAGCCCCGUGGUGCAGAGCGCCCUCUCCAGCCCCCAGCUCACCAAACGGCUCCUCCUGUCCAACCCUCUAAUCCUGCAGCUCCUCCAGACCAGCCCAGAGGUGGCCGACAUGAUGGAUGACCCGGAUGUCAUCGCACAGAUGAUGGAGCUCACUCACAACCCAAACAUCAUACAGGAAGUGAUGAGGAACAAGAACUGUGGCCUAACAAACCGCGAACCAGCCCCUGCCGACUCACUUCAGCGGACUAAAAUGAACUCACAGGAGCGAUCCCUCAGCCCUCUGCGUGUAAAGACCAGAGGAGACCCUCUAGUGACCUCAUCGUCGGGGGAAUCCCAGCCAAUCAGAGAUGAGGGACUGCCACUGCCCUUGUACAGGCAUUCAACAGAGCCCCUCACCAACAUGGCGGACACACCCACUGUAAAUCCUGCCUCGAAGGACCCCUUUUCUGGAGGCAUGCAGUCUCUCCUGGAGCAUAUCUGUGCCUGUCCAGGUCUGAUGGAGAGCUUGCUCUCAGGGCCCUAUGUCAACAGCAUACUGGACACCCUCUCUCAGAACCAGGACUUGGCCGCACAGAUGCUGUUGAGCCACCCGCUGUUCUCAGGGAAUCCUCAGCUGCAGCAGCAAAUCAGAGAACAGCUUCCAAUGUUCCUGCAACAGAUGCAGAGUCCAGAGCUGCUGGCGGCCAUGUUGAACCCUAGGGCGAUGGAGGCUCUGCUUCAGAUCCAACACGGCCUACAGACCCUCGUCUCAGAAGCCCCGGCUCUGGUACCCAGUGCUGAUCUGGAAAGCAUUGGCGUUAAUCCUGCUGACUCCUACAUAGACAGCCCGCCAGCAAAUGCACCCCAGGGGGCCAUGGUGACAGAGCAGCAGCAGAUGCAGUUUGUACAGCAGAUGCUGCAGAUGUUGGCCAACACCAGUCAACAGAGUCCAGAGUGAAGACAUCCAGUAGAGAAGUUGGAGCUACCCAGUGUUCUCAGCUUCAGGGAUCUGAGGCCCAACAGACAACUUCAGGUUCAACGUUCAGUCCUGAUGGAUACACACACACACACACACACACACACACACACACACACACACACACACACACACACACACACACACACACACACACACACACACACACACACACACACGUAAUAAAGUGUUAUCUUAUCUAAGUGAUAUCUUACAGAUAUCAAUGUAUUACAGGACAUAUAACUGGUUGCAUAUGAGGAUGAAUAUGUAUUCAUUGUCUGAGGCCCAAUGUAAUGUUUUGCUGCCAUUCGUGUAAGGGAAUUUCAAUUAUUUACCUCUGUGCACUAUGAACUUAACUAAACUCAUACAAUGACACGCUUAAUAGCAAAGUUUUCACUUGACAGAAAACCCAACAUCAAGUUAGACAUCCUUGAUAUCAGAGAUAGGACUCCUCACAUUAUAAGGGUAAUUACCUCACACCACUAAAAGUAUAGUUAAUGGUUACAUGGGACAAAUUUAACUUGUUUCCUAAUAAUCCGUUAAAUUAUGUGGUUUGUAGUAUUUCUGUUUAAACACCAGAGGGCAGCUUUGCCCAGGUUCUUGAAUGCCAGUAACCAAUUCACGACCCACUGCUUUAUUUAAGCAGAAAAUACGUUUGAUAUUUGUCACUCAGUUUACAACCAAGUGAUUUGGUUUGAUAAUUCUACAUUAAUAACUAAAACUGCUGAGCAGGCAUAACAAACCCAUAGACUAGAAUAAGACAAUAGUACAAUUUAAUGGCAUGUUUUUUUUCUUUCUUUGAUCAUUCUUUUCUCUUUUUGAUGUGUUUAAAUCAUGACGAAAUCUGUGAUCAGGUGUGUAAAAAUGUAACGAAUAACAGAAAUAAGCCCAAAUAACGAAUUGUGUGUGUGUUUUCAGAUGGUUUGAAUGUGGGAUAUGAGAACAGCCUCAAGGUUUUGUCAGGAUUAGAGGCUCCUGAAAUAUCUGGGUUGCGGGUUCGAAGAUGAUCUCAUGGGACAAAAGCAGCUGUAGCAUGCAUAAUACAGGGACCCCCUCGCUAUGUGGGGUUUGGGGUUCAAUGUCUCAUGAAGGGCAUCUGACCAUGUUGGGGACACACACACACACACACACACACACACACACACACACACACACACACACACACACACACACACACACACACACACACACACACACACACACA